AUGCAGACUACUUGCCAGUAUCUCAGCAGCAUUCACAACACCACCAGCGCCAUCAACCCAAUCGACAGAGCUUUUCCAAGCAGAAAGAAGCAACGCCAGCAGGGGUACAUGUCUGACAAGGACUUCGCAGACAAGGACGCUCCUAUCCCCAAGUACUACAUCCUCCACAGUGCGGAGCCGAAGAAGCCCUCCAAGAAGGCUGACGGUCGCUCGCUGUUUCGAUCUCUCGCGAAACUCAAAAUCCAGGAUCCACGCAUGUACCCACGUGUGCUCAACGAUGUGCUCCACUACGCCAUCAGAGUGCGAUCCAACCGCGAAGAUCCUCAUCAUGACAAGUACAUUGCCCGCGAGAAAGCACACUUCGCCGAGACGAAGCAGCCACGGUUCACCAGUCUAGACUGUCCGGACAUGCACCCAAGCGAACAUGUUCUUUGGGUGCGUGUUGAGCCAAACGGCGAGUAUGGUGUAACCAAGCCCUACGUGGGAGCAGACAAGGAAUUCGUCAAGGUCCCCCGCGCGCUUGCUGAUGGUCAGUGUCGAGAAGCUCUCGACGACUUGCUCACAAGGGGCAUCAUCGAGGAACUUUGCUCCGUCUUCAGUGCUGCCAUUAUUCGGCACUUCUUCCUUCUAGUUACCAUCCUCCACAUGCUUGAGAAUGCCGACGAGACCACGGUUGCUGCCCUCGAGCAGUUCUACAAGGAGAUUCUACUAAAUGCCGAAAUCAUGAAGCUUGGGUGGAACUACCAGUCGGACUUCCAGGUUCUUGACAACACAAUCGCUUCUAUGUACCAAGGUACUCCACGAGAACCACGCAAAGGCUACUAUGACGGCGAACACUACUCAAUGGAGCGGCCUUUCCGGAUCAGUAGCCCGUUUCUAAGCGGAGAACGCCCUGCUUGGACAUUCUUGCCAACCGAUGAUAGCGAGUGUGAAAUGCAUCGCGAAGGUAAGAGCCUUCAUGGACUUGCAUGCCCGUGUCCUCUGGGAAACGUCGAUGUUGCAGCACUGCUAAGCUUAUGGUGCCGACAGCUCGGCUUCUAUGUCGAGAUCCUCCCGUGGACCCAGUGUCGAUACCCCGUCAAUUACGGCACCCUCCAGCUGAUGAUGCUUUGGUGCGAUCGUCUGUAUCCCUUCUUCAACUUCAUGAAGGAUUGCGCCGGCAUCAGUGGCGACGUUGACUUCUAUCAGCAUCUCGGCAAGCCAGGCAUGGGGGAAGACGAUAUCGCCAUGGCCUACAACAUUGGAGACGUGGCUGCUCUCUGCAUGAUCUAUGAGCAGUUCCUUGCGAGUGAUGAUGUGUGGUUCUUGAUCCGGAACCUCGCAUCCUAUGCUUAA